UUCAUUAGUGUGCUCGGGCUAGACAUGAUUGCUGCGAUCAAGGAUUUCAUCAUGAGAAUGGUGAAUAGACAAGAACUGGUUAAGCCUACCGAAUGGUCCAAACUUCCCCCUGAUGUUUUGCGAGAGAUCUUGGAAACAUUGAGCCCUCUUGAUUCUCACCGAGCAAAACUCGUUUGCUCAGAUUGGUAUACCGUCUGGAAAACAUGCGAUAAUCUGCCUCCAUGUCCGCUUCAGAUCAUACACAUAGGUGGUUCUCCGAUCUUGUCCGAACGCUACGAAAUUGAACCAGACGACGGACAAGAUUUACACAAGAACCCUCGCCGGAUCAUACACGACGAAGGUGGUUCUUCUACCUGGUCGGAAAACAUUCAAUACCCAAGUAAACUCGGCGGACAAAAUUUUGAGUGGUGCUCUUGUAUGGCUAGUUACGGGAGUUGGCUCCUGAUAUAUCAGUGUGAAAUCUAUCUUUUGAACCUUACAACGUUUGAAAGGAUCAAUCUUCCAACAAUGAACAUGCCACGACGUGAUAGGAAUCAUAAUUGGGAACGUGGACCUUUGGACGGGGAAGAAGUGUCGGAAGACGAUCUCCAAUGGAAAAACGCAGCUGUUCUGUGGAUAGACGACACGUCACGUGAUUAUUUAGUUGCAUGGAUAUUCCGACAGACUUACUUGAUCUCACACAAGAAAGGAGAUGAUUCGUGGUCCAGUUUCAAUAUCCAGGGCGAAGGUUCGGGUUUCAUGGAUGCGGCUUACAGGAACGGUAAGCUUUACGUGUUGACAGCUGAUAAGCACAUCAAUAUUUUCGAUUUCUCUCGAGAUUUACCUAGAAAGUUAAACAGUUAUAAGUAUCGUCCUUUUCGCUUUGAUGAGAAACCGUGGGAAAGUAUUUGGAAGACUAGACUAGCUGUUAAGGAAUCUGGAGAGGUUCUCAUCGUCUUGAGUUUAGAAAAUUUGAAGAACGAUCAAGAGAAGCUUUUGUUUUACGUAUUUAAGAUGAAUCUUGAGAGUUUUAAGUGGGAGAGAGUAUAUUCUAUUGGAGACAAUGAGAUGUUGUUUUUUGGUCAUGGUUUUACGGUAAAAGCACCGGUUGAAGAUCGUUUUGGUCAUCAUGGAAUCAAGAGUGAUACAAUAAAUUUCGUUGAAGAUGAUGUUUGGCCAGAUCAUGAUGAUGAUCAUGAUUCGGUCUGCGGUGUCUUCGAUCUUGCUACGAGUAGAAUCGAAUGGCCUAAGAAAACAUGUUACUACAUAAGCAGAACUCAAUGGUUUGUUCCUGGAGUUGCUUAUUAUUAG